AGCAAACCGCGCGCGACAACGUGCGGAACAACAAGACAAGACGCCUUCAAGCAGUUUGGAGUGUGGACUGCAUAUCAGACAUGUUACUCUGAUAAACAUAAGCACCGCAUUAUGUCUGAUUCCGGGGAAUUUAGCGACUCGUCGCCAGAGAUGGAUCGAAACCCCUCGCCACCUCCGGAAAGCGAGGAAGCCGAGUCUGCUGGCGAGGAUGCAGUGGAUGCUAUCGGUGCUACAGUGUAUAGUAAACACUGGCUCUUCAGCACAUUGACCAAACUCAUACAGACAGUAACCGAGCAAAACUCGGCUGAUACACAAGACCCAGCUGAGCUGUCAGAGGAACAGGAAGAUGAGCUAUGUAAAGUCUGGGACAUGGCCAUGGACCAGGAUGUGUCCGGAUUCCUCCAGGAGUUCAAGGCCCCAGACAUCCUCUUGGGUGUGAUUGCCAAGUCACAGUGUCCACGACUCACUGAGAUCUGUGUGGGCAUCCUUGGUAACAUGGCCUGUUUCCACGACACAUGCUUGGAUCUCAGUCAGAAUGAAGAUCUAGGAGCGGUACUGCUGUUGCUCCUCGGAGACGCAGAUCCCCCUACUCUUCUAGAGACAUGCAGGCUCCUGUUGACCUGCAUGUCUCAAGCUGAUGUCGCCCCCUUGUGGCUGGAGAGGUUCCACCAGCAGCCCUCCCUCUGCCCCAGCCUCUUAUUCAUCAUGAGCAGCUCCACCAAUGUGGAUCUGCUGGUGAAGGUGGGGCAGCUGGUGGAUAAGCUGUUUGAUGAGGACGAGGGCCUGAUGGGGAGCUGGCUGUGUGGUGCUCACGGCGGAGCCUCCAGAAGCCACCAUGGCGGUGGCGGCGGUGACAGCAGCGGUGACAAUCACCACAAUGAGGACGAGGACGACGACGGCAGCGGGGAUGAGCCCCGGCCAGACGUGCCGACCUCUCUGUUAGAGGCUGCCAAGCAGCUUAGGUCUGAAAGUUGUGAGGGUCUAGAGGUCUACCUGCAUGCCAUCCAGCUCCUGACCACAGUUGACGAGGGCAUACAGGCCUUGGUGUGUGAGCAGGGUGCGGGUGCUGCGGUGUGGGCCUUCCUGUGUGCGGUGGUGUGUGAAGACCUGUGCCAGCCGGAUGAGCCUGCCCUCUGCCUGCAGGAGCAGAAGUCUCUCCUGGGCCCUGCUCUGGCCACACUGUCGGCCCUCCACGCCUGCCAGGGCCCACACUUCACUGUCAACACAGAUGUAAGCUUAGUGGGCAGUGUCCUGCGAAUCCUGCAGUACCACAGAGACAUGCAGCAGAUCAGCCAGCAGGAGGCGCAAUCGCACCCUGGAGGCCAGCCAUCAAGUCAGGAGGGAGGGGACGAGGGAAAGGGAGAAGACCGGCCACGAAGAGGAGAGGACGAGCAGCUGACUGCCCUGCUGGAGUGCACUUGUGAACUUCUGGCCAGCAUCCUCGCUGGGAUCUCCAGGGAUGAAGUGAAUGAGCUGGUAAAGAGAGGUCUGCUGACUGAGAAGACCUGCUCCUGUGCAGCCCAAGAUCUCCUCCCCCAACACACUGCUGCGGUGGAGCACCUGGCCAGUGUCUUGGCUGACGUCGAGCCUAAACUAGCAGAGUCUCUCAAGUCUUCUUCAAAGCAAGCUCAGUCUUGAGGUCUGAACCACCAUCAUAUCAGACCAUCAACACACACACACACACACACACACACACACACACACACACACACACACACACACACACACACACACACACACACACACACACACACACACACACACACACACACACACAGUGCACACAUUUUAUGAACCCUGUCCAGUCAGACAUGGACCUUGAGAAGCACUGGCAUCAGUGAAAUGUUUGUCUCCAUUCCUCAGCUAUGGAAUCGCUAACUAUUGGACUGUAUUGGGAUUGAUCUUUUGUAUGGGGUUGAAAUUAUUUGUUGAAAUAAAUUUAUUUUUUUCUGCUUUUUA